AUGAAUGCCAAUCCGUUGCCCAGCCAAGAGAUAGAUGAACAGGAACCAUCUCGGCCAGAUGUUCCAUCUCAGCCACAGGAGCCUGCGUCCAAGGAAGCACCACAGUGUCCUCCAGACAUUUGCCAAAUCCAGAAUGCGGAACAACAGGAGUUCGAACAACCUUCAAGGAACUUUGAAAGUCAGAUGGUGAAAAGGGAUGCAGAAUCCGAGACGCUAAUGGAACCGUUCCAUUCAUCAACACCAGGAAAACGUUUCCUGGCACUGUCCAAGGAAGAACAAAUGAUGCUCCGAAGGGCUCACCAAAACAUUUGCCAUCCGAGCCCAAAUCAGCUGAGUGCAGCGUUGCGUAACCAAGGUGCCCGAUCAGAUCGAACUCAAGCAGUGUUUGACAUGCCAUGUGAAGUGUGUGCAUUCAAACAACAACCCAAGAUUGCCCGACCUUGCACGAUCAAACAUGAGUUAGGCUUCAGUGAUAAAGUGUUGGUUUUUGGAAAGAGCUCACGACUGCCUGGGUCCAUCACAAGUAGUGUCAAUGACACCUUCCUAGCCAGCGCUGACAGAGAUGACGCUCAGGGCGUUGCUUUUCGCAAGAGCUUAGACUUCCGAGAAAAGGCCAGACGGACUCGGCCUGACCGAGUGGCCUACCAACCGGGGGAAUGGGUAAUGAUGUGGCAGCCUGAGAAACCGACUGGGUAUUGGUUUGCACCCCUCAAAGUUGUGAAUCAGGAAAGCCAUUUUUCCAUUUGGGCCACUCAGAUUGGAAAGCUGUACCGGCGUGCACCGGAACAUGUUCGCCCGCUGUGCACCAGUGAAGCUCGCAUGAUCCCUGAAGAUGAAGUGAUGAGGAAGGUUUCGCAACAACCCAUUUUGCUUUGCUGUGAAGAUGUGGUCAUGCAUAAGGGCCUGAGCCCUGAGGAACUUCAGGAUUGGACCUCUGAUGAUAUUCUUCUUGCCACAACUGAAAAGAAACAAAGAACUGAAGUCAAACUGACUACCCUCAAUGCAGAGGAAAGAAAGGCAUUCGAAGAAGCGAAGGAUUCAGAGAUCCAAAACUGGUUGAAGACUGGAACCGUCUCCAAAGUUCUUCGUUCUAAGCUGGCUCCAGAACAGAUUCUCCGAGCCCAACUUGCAGAUGCGUUGACGAAAAUUAUGGAGGCCACAUUCCUCCGUGAGACUCUCCGAAAAGGUCGCUAUUGCUUGCAUGACGAGAGCGAAGUCCUCAAGGAUUGCACAUCCGCUGUGGGCAGCGGCAUAGGUGCGUGGAUCGCAUCGCCUGGCAUCCAAAAGGAGCACGUGGCCGA